GCUGUGUCUUAUCUGAUUGUUGUCGUUGGUGAAACCCCUCCUCCUGCCUCCCCCUGAGCGGGGCCCCGAGCCAGCAGCAGCGCCGCAGAGUGUAGUUCACUUGGGCUAGCGAGAGGAAUCUAGAGGGGUGCCGCGCGCCUCCAGGACAAGAGCCGCGACAGUAAACUGACUCGGAAUGGAUACUCACGACACAUAUUUACAUCUCCAACACAAAAUAAACUGUAUUUCACCAUGCUGUGAAAGUCAAAACAACACUGGACCACAUUGACUUUCAUUGUAUGGACAAAAAAAAAGAAGUAUCUUUUUGGGAUGAAUUGGAACACUGACUCUGAGCUUGACCCUAUCAUCAGUACCUGACCUCAUUGAUGCUUGUGAUUCCCUGUAGUUUCAUUCCAAGACACUAGUGCUCUUAAUUCACCCCCCUCUCAGCCGCCACCCUUGAGUUCCAUGGUGGGUCAUCCAUCCGUCAUCAGUUCGUCCCGCCCUCUGCAGUCGCCCGUGAACACCCUGGGCUCAUCCAUGAAUGGCCUGGCCUCACCCUACUCAGUCAUCGGCCCAUCUCUGGGUUCACCGUCCGUUUCCUUGCCCUCUACUCCCAGUAUGGGCUUUAACACCCUCAGCAGCCCACAGAUGAACUGUGUAAAUGUGAAUAGCUCAGAAGACAUCAAGCCUCCACCAGGAUUGGCUCCGCUGAGCAACAUGAGCAGUUAUCAGUGCAGCAGCCCUGGAUCCCUCUCCAAACACAUCUGUGCCAUUUGUGGGGACCGAUCUUCAGGGAAGCACUAUGGUGUUUACAGUUGUGAAGGUUGCAAAGGCUUCUUUAAGAGGACCAUCCGAAAAGACCUGACCUACACGUGUCGAGACAGCAAAGAGUGCCUGAUCGACAAACGCCAGCGCAACCGCUGCCAAUAUUGCCGCUACCAGAAGUGCCUGGCCAUGGGCAUGAAGCGGGAAGCAGUCCAGGAAGAGAGGCAGCGUGGGAAGGAGAAAGGUGAUAAUGAGGUGGAAUCAACAAGCAGUUUUAAUGAAGACAUGCCUGUGGAUAGGAUUCUGGAUGCAGAAGUUGCAGUAGAACCUAAGACUGAGACGUACACAGAGAACAGUCCAGGCAACUCAACAAAUGACCCAGUCACUAAUAUCUGCCAUGCAGCUGACAAACAACUGUUUACUCUGGUGGAGUGGGCCAAGAGAAUACCUAAUUUCUCUGAUCUGCCUCUGGAUGAUCAGGUCAUUUUGCUUCGAGCAGGAUGGAACGAGCUCCUCAUUGCUUCAUUCUCUCAUCGCUCAAUCACAGUUAAAGAUGGCAUCUUGCUGGGCACAGGCCUCCAUGUCCACAGGAGCAGUGCUCACAGUGCAGGUGUCGGCUCCAUUUUUAACAGGGUAUUGACUGAGCUGGUGUCUAAAAUGAAGGAUAUGCAGAUGGAUAAGACAGAACUAGGCUGCCUUAGAGCCAUCGUUCUCUUCAACCCUGAUGCCAAAGGCUUGUCCAACCCAGCGGAGGUAGAGGCACUGAGGGAGAAAGUUUACGCCUCACUGGAGACCUACACUAAACAGAAGUACCCUGACCAGCCUGGCAGGUUUGCUAAACUUUUGUUGCGUCUUCCUGCCCUCCGAUCCAUCGGACUCAAGUGUUUGGAGCACCUAUUUUUCUUUAAGCUGAUUGGAGACACACCCAUAGACACUUUCCUAAUGGAGAUGCUGGAAGCACCCCAUCAGAUCACGUGACACAAGUUCCAACGGACCAUUUUUUGUACAUAUUCUUAUGUAACUAAUAUAAUAACGAACUUGAUUGAAGAUAUUGCAGUAAGCUGCAUAUUUUAUACCAAGCACAAAUUAUUAUUCUUUAAAAAAAAUAUUGUCAGGGGAAUGAGAGGAGCAAGUCUCAAAAUAUACAGAUGAAAUUCAUUUUAAUGGUAUGGUUUUGAGA